AUGCCCCGACCGGUGAAUCGAGAGGAAGUCCUCGCGCGUCUGCGUAAGACGGUCGCGGAUGGUUCCAUUAUUGUUGGCGCCGGAGCUGGUAUCGGCCUGUCAGCCAAGGCGGUCGAGAAAGGCGGCUGUGAUCUGAUAUUGGUCUACAAUUCCGGUCGAUUCCGCAUGGCUGGUCGCGGCUCGCUGGCCGGGUUGAUGCCAUACUCGGAUGCGAACCAGGUCGUCGUGGAGAUGGCGAGCGAAGUCCUCCCCAUUGUGCAGGAUACCCCCGUCCUGGCCGGAGUUUGCGGUACUGACCCCUUCCGCUCGAUGCCAACCUUCUUAACCGAACUGCAACGUCUCGGUUUCGUCGGUGUACAGAACUUUCCGACGGUCGGGUUGAUCGAUGGACAGUUCCGUGCUAAUCUAGAGGAGACCGGUAUGGGGUAUGAUCGUGAAGUGGAGAUGAUCGCGACGGCGCACCGACAGGGACUCGUGACAACGCCGUAUGUCUUCAGCCCGGAGGAUGCGGUGCAGAUGACGCGGGCGGGGGCGGAUGUUGUGGUAGCUCACGCGGGCUUGACGACGGCGGGUUCAAUCGGGGCUCGUAGUGGGCGUUCGCUGGAGGACUGUGUGGGAUUUGUGCAGGCGAUUCGUGAUGCGGCGGUUGAGAUCAACCCGGAGGUGCUGGUGCUUUGCCAUGGAGGGCCAAUCGCACGCCCGGCAGACGCCCAGUUUGUACUGUCAAGGACUCGGGGGGUGCAUGGGUUCUUUGGGGCAAGCAGUAUGGAGCGAUUGCCGGUGGAGGUUGCGAUCCAGGAGAAUGCGGAGGAAUUUAAGCGGUUGAAGAUUAAUUAG